UCCAUCUCCAUCUCCAUCUCCAUCUCCGCUCUUGUUGGGCUCGUGUUCCCGGCUGCGCACUCCUAUCGCGCGCUGCGCAUCUCAUCUGGUCGCCGGCCGGCUCGAUAAAAGGCAUUGGCCGCUCCGGUUCCCAGCCACCGCCAGGAUUGCAUCUUUCGUUGCUUGCCAUCCGCCUGUCCGUCUCUUUCUGUUGAUAUCUGUCUGCCAUGGCCCCUCAUCUCUGGCUCCGCGCUGAAACCAAGAAGAACGAGCAGCGAACUGCUCUGACCCCCAAGGUCGCCAAGACCCUCGUUGACAACGGCUUCCAGGUCACCAUCGAGGAGCUGAAGAGCAGCGCCUUCAAUUCUUCCGAGUACACCAAGCUGGGCCUGACCGUUGUCCCCGCUGGCACCUGGCGCACCGCUCCCGCUGACGCCUAUAUUAUUGGCCUCAAGGAGCUGCCUGAGGGCGAUGACACCCCCUUGACCCACACCCACAUCUUCUUCGCCCACUGCUACAAGCAGCAGGCUGGCUGGAAAGAUGUGCUCUCGCGCUUCAAGCGUGGCAACGGUACCCUGCUCGAUCUCGAGUUCUUGAAAAACGACCAGGGUCGUCGUGUCGCUGCCUUUGGCUACCAUGCCGGCUUUGCCGGUGCUGCCCUUGGCAUCGAUCUGUGGACCCACAGAAUCCUUGAUGGUGACAAGCGCUUCCCCCGCGUCCGACCCUUUGACUGUGAGCUGGACCUCCUUGCCGAUGUCGCCGGCCGACUUCACCAUGCCAUGCUGAGGGCUCGCCGCUUCCCCAGGAUCAUUAUCACCGGUGCUCUCGGUCGCUGCGGUUCUGGCGCUGUCCAGUUUUGCCGUGAGCUUACCAUCCCUGAAGAAAACAUCAUUCGCUGGGAUAUGGCCGAGACCGCCAAGGGUGGACCCUUUGUCGAGAUCAUUGAGAAUGACGUCUUCGUCAACUGCAUCUAUCUCUCCGAGCCCAUUGCUCCUUUCCUGACCCUUGAAGAGCUCUCGCACCCCGAUCGUAAGCUUACGGCUGUCGUUGAUGUCUCGUGCGACACCACCAACCCGUACAACCCCAUCCCCAUCUACAACGAGUCCACCAGCUUUGACACCCCUGCCCUGGUCAUCAAGCACGGCAACGCCAAGCCGCUUGAUGUCGUUGCCAUCGACCACCUGCCAACCUUGUUGCCGCGUGAAGCCUCCGAGGUCUUCUCUGCCGAUCUGCUGCCCUCGCUGCUGCAGCUGGCCGAUCGCCAGAAUGCUCGUGUCUGGACGGACGCCGAGGACCUGUUCAAACAGAAGCUUACCGAGGCCGGUCUGUAAAUGCCUCCGAAAAUAGGCCGCUGCCUAUCUCUCCCCCUCCAUCGACUGGCAAGCUCUCAGUUUCCCAGGGCAUCAAAUUGCUUCGCCUGGACCGAUUACCCAAUAGAGGCCGCUUUCUCUCGUUGAUUCGUAGCAUUGCCUAUAUGCACCCUUUGAGCCAUCAAUACAGCGAUAUACUUUUGAUAAACA